AGGGUGCUGGCACUGCCCAGGCUCCCCAGGGAAUGGGCACGGCCCCGAGGCUGCCAGAGCUCCAGGAGGGUUUGGACAACGCUGCCAGGGAUGCACAGGGUGGGAUUGUUGGAGUGUCUGUGGAGAGCCAAGAGCUGGACUCAGUGGUCCUUGUGGGGUCUCUUCCAGCUCAGGAUAUUCUGUGAGUCUGUGAAGUUGCCCAGUCACAGUAAAUCUCAACCCAAAAGCUGAGAGUUUUCAGUGCAGCUUCCAGGGUGACAUCAUCUGCUGGAUGGUCUGUCUCUGUUUCUUACCUGAUGGAUCAAGAAUUCCACCCGCUCCUGGUAGCUGCCUCACAGACUGGAAGGCAUUUGCUGAGAUAAGUGAAACCUGAGUCUCAGCUGGUGACACCUGGAAUGGCAUUACAAACAGCAGUGUGUCAGUGUGUGCCCUGUGCUGACUCAGCUCAGCCUGCCUGUAAAGGUGGCUGGAGUGGUGGACUUCCCAGAGCAGAGAGAAGCCAGGAUGUCAUUGUGGCUGAGGUGCAGAAGCUGACGAGAGGGGCAGAAAUCAGCCUCUGACAGGGUAGUUUGAACCAAAAGGCAGAUUCCCUCUCCCAGCCUCUGAGUGGAUGAUAACACGCAGGUUCCUCGACACUGGGCUGAGCAGAGUUCUGUGGGUUAUGAAGAGUAGAUGGAUUUUCCCUGCCUUCAGAGCAGGAGCUCACAGAUAGUUUGUUGGGCUCUCUGGGGAGCAGCUGCCUUCUGACCACAGCCAUACCCAGCCAUGCUCAGCAGUUAAGGUCUGAUGAUUUUUUUUUUCCCCUUCUCUUUCUGUAUAUCCCAAGCUCAGUCUGUGCCUCCCUUUUGCCUCCCUGGGUGCUCGUGGCCUUGGCAGGGGUGUUUCACCCUUGCCUUCCUUGAGAGUGUACUCAGAGGCUUAUUGCUUUAGGAACAGCUGUUUUGGGAAGAUGGUGAGCUAAUCCUGCUGCUAGAUCCUCCAGCAGAACCAAGAAUGACAAAGCUUGAUGUUCACAACUGCGCUUGGGAGAACCCAAUUCCUCUGCACUUCAUUUUUUCUUUCUUUUUACCUCCUAAAGGGGAAGGGGGCAGCAAGUUUUCUUCUAACUACAUCAGAAGAAAAAAAAGAAGGCAGCACCCCCAUUUCCUUCCCACUGCACGUAACUCACAGCACUCCAGUAGAGUCGUGCACCUGCAGCUGGGACAGCCAUGGAGAAGAGUGGGAACAUUCAGCUGGAGAUUCCUAACUUCAGUAACUCUGUCCUGAGCCACCUGAACCAGCUGCGCAUGCAGGGUCGGCUGUGUGACAUCGUGGUCAACGUGCAGGGCCAGGCUUUCCGUGCGCACAAGGUGGUGCUGGCUGCCAGCUCACCCUACUUCCGUGACCACAUGUCCCUGAACGAGAUGAGCACCGUGUCCAUAUCUGUCAUCAAGAACCCUUCUGUUUUCGAGCAGCUUCUCUCCUUCUGCUACACUGGCAGGAUAUGUCUGCAGCUGGCUGACAUCAUCAGUUACCUGACAGCUGCCAGUUUCUUGCAGAUGCAGCACAUCAUAGACAAAUGCACGCAGAUACUCGAGGGGAUUCAUUUCAAAAUUAAUGUGGCAGAGGUGGAAGCGGAAUUGAGCCAGACUAGGACGAAGCAUCAGGAGAGACCGCCCGAGUCUCACCGGGCGACGCCAAAUCUAAACCGUUCCCUGAGCCCGCGUCACAACACCCCCAAGGGGAGCCGCCUGGGCCAGGUUAGCACAGUGCUGGACAUUCGGGAGCUGAGCCCGCCCGAGGAGUCCACCAGCCCCCAAAUAAUCGAGCAGAGUUCCGAUGUGGAAGGCAGGGAGCCCAUCCUGCGGAUUAACAGGGCAGGACAGUGGUACGUGGAGACGGGAAUGGGAGAGCGCGGGGCGCAGAACGACGAGGAAGUGCGGGUGCUGGGAGGAGUGCGCAUUAAGACGGAAAACCUGGAGGAGUGGCUGGGGGCAGAGCACCAGCCCUCGGGAGAAGAUGGGAGCAGCGCCGAGGAGGUCACGGCCAUGGUGAUCGACACCACGGGCCAUGGAUCGCUGGGCCAGGAGGCUUUUGCCUUAGGCUCCUCUGGAGCCAAAGUGGUCAGGCCGACCAGCAGUGAGAUCGACAGAUUUAGCCCAUCUGGCAGCAUGGUUGCUGUGACUGAGCGGUACAGAUCGAAAAGCGAGUCUCCCGGGCGGAUGGAUGAGCCCAAGCAGCCCAGUUCCCAGGGGGAGGAAUCAGCCAUGCUUGGAGUGAGCGGUUACGUGGAAUAUCUGCGGGAGCAGGAGGUUUCAGAGCGCUGGUUCCGGUACAACCCACGGCUCACGUGUAUUUACUGCGCCAAAUCCUUCAACCAGAAGGGCAGCCUGGACCGGCACAUGCGGCUCCACAUGGGCAUCACACCUUUUGUGUGCCGCAUGUGUGGGAAGAAGUACACCCGCAAGGAUCAGCUGGAAUAUCACAUCCGCAAGCACACGGGCAACAAGCCCUUCCACUGCCACGUGUGCGGCAAAAGCUUCCCUUUCCAGGCCAUCCUCAACCAGCACUUUCGCAAGAACCACCCCGGCUGUCUGCCCCUGGAGGGGCCCCACAGCAUCUCCCCUGAGACCACCGUCACGUCCCGGGGGCAGGCAGAGGAGGAAUCUCCUCCACAGGAAGAGGCUGUGGCGGUGGGGGAGACGGCACAGGGAUCUGUGUCCACAACCGGGCCGGACUGAAGUGCGGCUGUGGAGUCCCAGGAGAAAGGACCGUCUUCCCAUUCCUGGCUCUAAAGAGUCAGCACCAACCCGGCAGGCUGGGCAUCCAUCACACAGGGAGUGAUUUGGCCACCCAACCAGCUCCGUCAGGUUUCCUGGCAAAGGUCAAACAUCAUGGUACCAAAACAGUGAGGUUGCCAGAGAGCAGUGGCAGAGGAUGAGGUGAGAGGGUGGCCAAGGUAGGUUUUGUUGCAAUCAAGGUGCAGGGAGGAGUGGAGAUGUGCUGCUUUUGUCAUAGCUUUUGAAGUUACCAAAAAUGAGGAAAAAAAAAAAGUUAAAAACUUUGAAAUCCUAUCCUGUUCACACUAGAGAGCAUAAAAAGUUACUUUUAGUUGCUUAAAAGAUUUUUAAGUGUUUUAAAAUAGAAAUUUUAAAAGAAUACUACCAAACUAUAAAAACAUAAAAUUAUUUAUAUACAUAUAUUAUAUAAAAAUAUAGUGGGAAAGUUUCCCUGCUAAGCUUGCUGUGAAGAGAAGGGUGAAGGUGCAGUAACUGCUACACAAGCAACAUUUUUCUGAGACAGAUGGCAACCAUAGUGAAGAAGGGCUGACAUAAAAUGGUGAAUGCCUUUGUUCCCAUGGCAUAGCUGUGAGUUUCUUGAGCAGGUUUUUAUUUUACUGUAUCAAUACUGUGAACGGAGAAGCAUCCAAACAGUACAGGAUGCCAGCAGCGCAUCCUGAUUGCUGAUUCACUACUUCAAGUGGCCUGGUGAAAACCAUGAAAUUAGUCCUUCAUACCUUACUAGGCUGAAAACAAAGCUUGUGAAAGGUUUUUAUUUUUUCCUCCUUUAUAUUUGCUUUCCUUUUUGUUUUUGGGGUUUUUUUGUGCAGAGGUUGCCACUGUAUAAAUGAUCAUUUCUGAUUGCAUGCAAAAGAGCCAAUAUUCUUGCCCAGGCCUCGCUGAGGUGAAGUUUAUAGCUUGUAGCUAGAGUCAGUAUAAGGUAUGGUAGUGGGAAUCAUUUUGAUAUUAUUUCUGUACAUUUAGUGGAUGUGUAUGUAUGUGUGGGAAUCAUGAUGUCUAAUAUUUCUUGAACAGUGCUGAAACCGGUUCAGGCCCAUCCGCACUAGACAGUGGAACCAGUUCUGAAGGAAUCGUUAUUGAACAUUUCUUUCAAGGAUUGACUUCCUGAGUGCAGAUGAGACCAAGGUUCAAGAAAAAAAGGGGUUGGAGGUCCUGUAUGGUAUGGAGAAAACCUCAUGUGAAUUUUCUGGCAGUGGUGUAGCUACUUCAGAGGUGCUUUCCCUAACAGAAUGAUACUGUGUCCUGUUGCCUCUGCGUUGGUGUGGCUCUUUACGGUUGCACCAAAGCUGUGGAGAAUCAGAUGCCAACUUUCCAAGUGUGAAUGCUUCUGUGAUGGGUUGAGGCACAGCUUUGCAUUCCCACAUCUAGCUGCAUCUUGUUCUGCCAAAACUGUGAUUUCAACUGUGAUUUAAGGAGGAUGUGAAGAGAACUCGUGUUUUAAUACCUCUGUACGUAACAUUUUUGUCUGCUUUAGAGCUAGGGCUUACUAACCCAUUUGUUUUCUUGCCUCAGGCAACAGGGAGAACACACUCUGGUUUUACAGUUUGCUUUCUUGGAGGUGGACAUAUUUCUUAGUUCUUUGCUGUCAAAGAACUCACCUCCCAAAUGUGAAGAGUUGUGGUUAUCUCCUUAAGCCUGCAGCAGACCCUGGUGCCAAGUGUCAGCCAAGUGACAUGAUGGUUGCCGUGGCUGUUCCCUGCUGCUGCCAGGUUACCUGUGAAUAGCUGUGAAAAUAGCAAGAAUUGUGUUAAUACUGUGUUGCUGCUUUGGAGAAAAGCUAAACCUAAACCUCUUUGUCUCAGGAGGAUGACUGAUGUGAAGCUGGGAAAAUGAGAAGGCCAAAAUGCAAUGAGAGGAUGUGAGAACAAAUUGUGCUUUGUAUUUCCAGCAGCUAGAGAGGGAUGAAUGAGAGGCUUUGUGUAAUGUGAAUUUGUUGCAGGAGGCUGAGGACAUGCUUAGAGCUAACUUAGUAAGAUGCAGGGAUAGCUCCGUGAGAGCCAGAGCAGCUAGUGCAAAUGGGCAGUCCCUCCUUGUCCUCUCAGCAUUAUCCACCACCAGGUUCAGUCCUUGGACUUUUCCUGCAUCUUCUCUACAGUAUUCUCAAGCUGUGACCUGUAUAAUUUAACUUUAAUUUGGGUGCUGGGAAGAACAGAAAGCAUGUUGUGUCUCUGCUGCUGUUUUAAACCCAGAGAGGUCAGCAGCGACUGACCCCAUUCCCAUCUGACAGCUGUACAGAGCUGGAAUAGCACUGGGAACAAGCUGAAAAGCAUCGUGGGGCUGGCUCAGCACACAGGGCACAGAGCCAGGAUUUCAGCCCUCUCUGAGCUCAAGGUUGAAAUCAUGGACAGGACAGCUCUCCCUGCUUGUCCUGCUCUCAUUUUGUGACAGCUCCAUGGCUGCAUUUCCAUCCCACACCUCUGCAAUAGGAAUGUCACUUAACUGUGAGAUGCCCAUUUCAGGAAGUGAUUCCAAGCAGUCUGCUUUGGGAGUAAAGUCCUUGCCACUUUUGGGUGAUUCAGCCCUAACAAGGCCUUUGCAAGAGCAGAGUUGUAGCUUUUAUUUGCUGCUGACUUAAUCUCUCCUGCAGAAUCCAACAUAAUAAAUAGGAAGACAGCUGCAAAGGUGCAGCUGAUUAAACUGAUUUGGGUGGAAGGUGGCCUUGGAGGUAGAUAGGAUCAUGCAUCUUGAAAGCCAACAAAAAACAGCACUUAAAAUGAUUUAAACUUUACCAAACUCUCCUCUUUGUUCUAUGACAUGCCUGCCAAUUUAGCUGUGUCAGCAUCCAAAUGUUUCUGCAGAUUAGUGACAUCAAAUGCUGUUCAGGCUCUGCUGGAAAUAUUUUGGAGAUGGGAAAAGUCCCUGCUCAUUGCAAGACGGUUGGACUAGAUGAUCUCUAAAGGUCCCUUCCGAACCCAUACUAUCCUAUAAGUUAAGAAGCUGUAAUUCAAGGAGACCUUUUGCCAGGGUCUGGGCUCUGAGUUUUCCCUGGGAGCUGAGCCUGUGGCCAGGACUGCAGUUGGAAAGCCUGGGAUCCACUGCCAUAGCAAAAUAAUUGUGGUGAGCAUUGCUCCAGUCACAAGGUGAGAGCCAGGCACAGAGUUUUGAUAUCUGCAGUUAAAGGGCCUAAAGAGGAGCUCAGAAUCCUUAUUUUAAUCACUGUCGUUCAAAGGAUAUUUAUGUAACCAAAUAGAACUAUGCAAACAAUACUGGCUGCUUCUUGAAACUAAAGUCUACUAGAACAUUUUGGAAUAGAGUAGAUUUGGAGUAGACUUGCUGUGGAGUUUUUGUUUUGUUUUGUUUUAUAACCAGUAAAAUGUAGCAGACCAAAGUUUUGCUGCAGUUAUUCUUACUAGAAAUGUAGGUGAUUCCUAACCUGAAACCCACUCAAGUGGGUUAUAAAACUAUCUGAAGAGUCCUACCAUCUCUAAGAUAUUUCCAUCUGCUGAAAGGCUUUGGCUUGGCAAACAUAGAAAAACACAGAGGCUGGGAAUUAGGAGAGACUGAAUGUAAUGUUUGGGCUGAUGGAAUCAAGAAAGGACUGGGAGCAUUUUCUUUUGGAUGUAGGAUUGAGUUGGUUUCAAGGAAUCUUCCUACGUGGGAAAAUGUCCAUUGCUGAGAUGGAGGCAGUGAUCAGAACAUCCCUGGGAUGAAUUCUGGUUUUGAGGGAGGUAUUGGAAAGCUUCCUGCUGAAUCUGAUGGUACAAGAGUUUAGGCUGCUGGGAGAAAUUCCACAUGGUUUCUGCCAUUUCUUUGUGUCAGAUCUGAUCUUUGCUUUUAGGAUUAACUGCAAUAUAUCUGUAACUUUCAGUGAGCUUUGGCUUUUUAUUCCUGGAACUGUAGACAAUUCAGGUUUCCCAUAACAUUAUCCUCAUCCCAACUGUGAACAAGUUACUACUGCUUCCUAUAAUUUAUUGUCUUUCUGUUCCUGAAUGUCUGUGUGAUCCAGCUGGUCACCAGCACCACCUUCCAGUGCUUCAUUAGCUUUUAUGCACAGGGAAUUGUUGCAAUGGAUAAGUUGACCAUGCUAGUUGGAAGAGUAGAAGCUUUUGGAGAAUGACUUUUGCUUCCUCUAGCUGUCAUUAGGGAGUGCACACACACAUACCUGUAUAUACAUAUAUAGAAACAAAUAUAAUGUGUUUCAAUAUAAACUCAUUUAGCAUUAUUAUUAUUUAAUUUAUAUUUUAAUCUAGUUGUAAACCAAAGUAUUACAGCUUGUGAAAUGAUGUCUCUUGGAAAUAGGAGGAACCUUUUUUAGGUGGGAAUUCUGAAAGGUCUUUGGGGACAAAAACAUGGAUUGGAGAAAGACUUAAGAACUUGUGCUGCUGGGGAGUUGCAGCAUUGAAAGGAUUUGAAACUUGCUGAGUAAAGUCGGAUGGUGGGGCCUUCUGAAGGUGUUCUUCAUGGUCCUUAACAGUUUUGUUGCAAAACAAGGACGUUCUGGCAAAGCUAGAAAUAAAAGGGGAGAAAAAGAAAAUCAGACUGUGACCUGGCACAGCCGGGAGCUGGGGAGGAAGCCACAAAACCAGCCACUGAUGUAUUUAGUGUCUAAUUUAAACUUUUAGGAAAUGAGCCAUUGCUAUUUAGUGGUGUCCAGAAGUGGUUGGGGGUUUGUUAAUAACUUCUGUGAAGGCACGUGUUCUGCUGUCACCAAUGGGAAGAAAUAAUGCGUUCAAAGAUAAGAUCUUGCUGGUUUUUCUCUGCCAGGGAGUAAUUACCUUUCCAAAGAAUUAGCAAGUGCUAAGAACAAAUUCACCUCUAACAUGUCCCACAGGCUUGGCAGCGGCUCUGCUUCCUCUAGGGAGGAGGAAGAGAGCUGAAAUAAGGAGAGAGCUUAUCUGUUUUCAGCCCUGGCUGGUGCUGGUGGCACUGGAACCGCACAGGGGAAUGGGUAGAAAGGUGGAACAGCAACAAAGCAUCACUGGGAAGAGAUAGUGCAUGCAUCUGGCAUGCCAUGGAUGCUGUGGGCAGGGAAAUGCUGGUGUAGAACCUGCACAGGGGCAGGAGCAUGCAAGAAAUGCUGCUGCCUUGUGAGACAGGUGUCCAAAGAUGCCUGUCCUGGCACAUGACAGCUGAGCAGCACCAGUGUUUUCCUUGCUGGAGCUGUGAAUAGUAACGAAGGAAAAGGGGUCAGUCCCAUGUGGGGGCAAGAUUUGCUGUGAGCAUUUCAAAAAUGCCAUUGGAAGGAACUGAAGGGUGGGAAGUGAAGGGUGGAAAGGGCAGUACUAGACUUCAAAGUGCCAUUUUCUGAGUUUUCUAGCAAGUGUUGAAGACUGAAGUUUGUUUUUGUUUCAGUGCUUUCUCCUUACCUAUAUAAUUUUUCCUAUUUAAACUCCACAGCUCAGGGGAGGGUGCAGAGAAGAUGGAGCCAGACCCUUCUGGGAGGCACACGGUGGAAGGAGGAGCAGCAGUAGGCAGCAGUUUAUGCAAGGG